AUCAGUGGAUCACUGAUCCGAUCAAGUAAAGAAGCUCUGAGUUAUUUUAACCAGGAUGUCAUUUAAAUCUCAGAUUAAACCGAUUUCCUUCCGUCAGAAUGACCAACAUGCUGUCCAGCAGUGGAGCUGAUAAUCUAUAAUCUAUAAUCUGAUCCAUGAUGAUGAUUCUUCAUAAUCCAGUUCAAAUCCUUCAUCUGAUCCAAAACGCUCAGAUCAGAUUCUGCUGCUCAGCUUCCCUGAUGAUCCAGAUUAUAAUCUCACAGAGAAACCCUCAAUAAUCAGGUUCUGAUCGGUUCUGAUCAGUUCUGAUCGGUUCUGAUCGGUUCUGAUCAGUUCUGAUCGGUUCUGAUCGGUUCUGAUCAGUUCUGAUCGGUUCUGAUCGGUCCAGAGCUUCCAGCAGAACCGUGUGGUACCACGGUGCUGGUUCUGCCUCUUACAGCUGUUCGGAGUCGUGCUGAGCCGUUUCUGUAGUCAUGAUGCUACAGGACAGACCGGACUGUCACUUCAACCGAAGCUCCACCUGGUCUGCGUUCUGAUUGGCCGAUUCCUUCCUGGAGGCGGGGCUUCAGCUGGCAUGAUGCUGCCAUCACCUGAUCCUUCUCUCUUUGUGUCUCUGCUCUGUUUUCUCCGACCUCCAGUCGGUCAAACGGAGGGCUGCUGGUUCUGGUUCUGGUUCUGGUUUCUUCCUUUUAAAGGGGAGUUUUCCCUGGGCACUGUCGCCCCCUGCUGGUCCGCAGUGAUUUUGCUGCUUUUUGGACUGGACCGACUGGACCGACCGGACUGGACCGGACUGGAGCUUCGGUUAAAGUGACAGUCCGGUCCGGUCCGGUCCGGUCAGUAGAGCGCUGAGGUGAGUGUUGCUACAGCCUGAAUCUGUUUAUCUGACCGAGUGGACCCUGCCGGCGGUUCUGGUUUAUCUGGUUCUGGUUUAUCUCCUGCUGCUAUUUCAGUUUUCUUCCAUGUUUGGUCCUCGGGUCUCUCUCUCUCUCUCUCGCCCAUCUGCAGCAGCUAUAAACCGGCCCGCGGCGCCUCGCCUCCAUCUGCGGCGCAGCAUGGCUCCAAAGAAGGUGGAGGCCAAGAAAGCGGAGGUGAAGAAGGUGGAGGCCAAGAAGGAGGAGGCGGCGCCCCCGGCCCCGGAGCCGGAGCCCCGGGCCCCGGAGGUGGACCUGCGCAGCGUGGUGGUGGAGUUCAGCCCGGACCAGGUGGAGGAGUUCCGGGACGCCUUCUCCCUGUUCGACGAGACGCCGGGCGGCGAGAUGAAGAUCAGCUACGCCCAGUGCGGCGACGUGCUGCGGGCGCUGGGGCACAACCCGACUAACGACGAGGUUCUGAAGCUGCUGGGCCGGCCCAAAGCCGAGGAGAUGCACGCCUCGCUGCUGGACUUCCAGGCCUUCCUGCCCAUGCUGCAGCACGUGGCGCGCGCCAAGGAGCAGGGCAACAUGGAGGACUUCGUGGAGGGGCUGCGCGUCUUCGACAAGGAGGGCAACGGCACCGUGAUGGGGGCGGAGCUCCGCCACGUCCUGGCCACGCUGGGGGAGCGCAUGACGGAGGACGAGGUGGACCGGCUCAUGGCGGGCCAGGAGGACGCCAACGGACACGUCAACUACACCGAGUUCGUCAAGCACGUCCUGGCCGGGUAGCAACCAGCGGGGGAGGGGCGACGGCGCUCCGCCUUAAUAAAACACCUACAGGUCUG